UGUAUUUUAUCUCAAGAGACAUGCUGUGAUUGCCAUCAUUAAAAGACGGAUUCCUUUAUGAGCUGAAUCUGUGAUCAUUCAGUCUGUUCUCAAAACUUCCUAGUGUUCCAUUGGUCAAACAGGUUUACACAGUAGGGCCGGGUAAAAAAGGUUAUGCUUUGCAUAUGGUAGCUUUCACACUUUCAGUUAUCAGUCUGGCUUGGAACACCAUGGAAGAACAAAUGGAUCUGCCUGUCUUUGCAUUUAAAAACUGGAAAUUUUGUUACAAAUACUGAGAACUUCUCGACAUCUCAUUUCCUGAUGGCUCUUUGUAAGAUUUUUAUCUUCAGGCUUCUUCUAUUGACAGGUAUGCGUCUGGCAGUUAGCACGGUGUCUGACAGCUUUAAAGAAUGCAGUCAGUUCUUCUACAUGCAUACAGCACCCACAGGCAUCCGAGGGGGCAAUCUGAAGAGGAUAUGCCAACGAUACGGAGACAAACUACGUUACGCCACACUCUAUGACAGCAGUCGCCGUUUGGCGCUUUAUUCGGCUUACACCUUUAAAAAGUCAGAUGGACAGAAGAGGAUGGACACACCCUGGAUGUAUGAACCACAGCUGGUUUCUGCUGAUGAAAGCGGAAACAUGAGAGAGUUGCCCUCUAGUGGUGAAACCGACCAGCUGCUUCAGGAAAGCCAGGCUGUGCUCACAGACUAUGUUGAUGCUGUGGACUACGAGCGUGGUCCACUUAACCCUGACCAGCACCAGGCAGACAACCAAGACAAAGCAGCUACCUAUACUCUCACAAAUGUAGUACCUCAGAUCACAGACUUAUUGGAGGGUCCAUGGGCCAUUUAUAUCGAUACUGUACGCCGCCGCCUGAAUAACUUCUGCCGUGGUGCUGCCUAUGUGGUGACUGGGGUGACUGUAUCAGGGGUGACCAUCCGAAGAGGAAGAGAGGACCGCAUGGCCAUCCCAAAGCACUUGUGGUCCGCUUACUGCUGUCCACGGUUUGAUCGAAACUCACCCUAUGAUGUGCGAUACAUGUUUCCCACUUAUGCAGCAUAUGCUUUGAAUGAGAUAGUGGGCCACAGUGUUACAGAAGUUCCUUUGAAAGCUUUAGAGACCUUUCUGAAAAGUCAGACUGACAUGGACAAAAGCAUGAGCAUCUUUUUUAAAGACUGUCUCACAGAAAAUACACAUGCCAAUAGGAAGUGAACAUUUUCAUAAGGUUUUGAUAAUGUUGAUGUAUUUUAGUGUUAAGAAGAAUUUGUGAACGUUAAAUUUAAGCUUCUGUGCAAUGAUAAUGAAUGUAAAAACCAUUCAAGAGCAUAAUGUAAAUAAACUAAUAAAAAAUAAAUAAAAAUAAGUGACAUAAGUCCAGAGAAUGUGGCUUGCAGUAGCCUGUGCUUUAAUAUUAAUUUAUUUCAAUUUGAAUGCUGUCAGCCAAGACUACACUGCCUGUGAAGAGAGUAAAGUCACCUAUCAGACUUCGUCCUAGUCUUUGUAGAUGAUUUCCAUAUUAUCAUGCCAUACUACAGAGCAAGUUGUGUGUCCAUGACUUUACACGGCUUGUAUUACUGCAUUUAAAUAUCACUUUUUUGUUAUAGUGAGUAUAUGAAUGU